AUGUCCUCCUCCCCCGCUCCCCUUCGACCCGCACUCGGAGGUAGACCAAGCGGCGGACGAACGCCGAGACUGGGUCUAGCCAUCCCCCCAUCCCCCAACGUCAAGCCGGUGGGCGCUGCCGCGGGCGGCCCGUCGCGCCCCCAGCUCACAGUUCAUGUUGCCACGCCGAUGGGUAGCACCGUCGCACCUUAUGAGCAACAUCGACCGACAGUUCAACCGGGCCAGUCUGCGAGCGGCGGCAGCGAGAGCAGCGCAGCACACUCGCGGUCCGGCAGCUUUGGACCCCUCGACGGCCGAGCCAGCAACCCUACAUCCGCAGGCUCCCAGUUCUCUGCCCUCUCGUUCGCAUCGCAGUAUGGGAUCGGUUCAAAACCACAAGGUACCCCUGACCCGAUAUCUGCCGUCGGCUCUAUCUACUCCGAACGAAGCGAAGGAGGCAUCGGAAUGGAGCGGGAUGGUAGUAUGCAAGGACUAGAAAAUAGCUUCGAUAAGCUUACAUUAGAAAAGGCAAGGACUGCUGACGUGGAAGAGCUUGACGAUAACGGGUGGAGAAUCGCGAGUGUGGAGAACAGGAUCGUCGAACUAGGUAGCCUAGGUGAAGGUGCCGGUGGUGCCGUGACACGUUGCCAGUUAAAGGGAGGAAAGACAGUAUUUGCCCUCAAGGUCAUUACUACCAACCCGGAUCCAGACGUAAAGAAGCAAAUCUUCCGUGAAAUCAAUUUCAAUAAAGACUGUGCGUCGGAACACAUCUGCCGGUAUUAUGGAGUUUUCGGCGAUCCUGCUACGGCCACCAUCUCUAUUGCCAUGGAAUUUUGCGAAGGUGGAUCCCUCGACGGCAUCUACAAGGAGGUCAAACGACUAGGAGGCCGGACAGGCGAGAAGGUCCUAGGAAAGAUUGCCGAGGGUGUUCUCCGGGGUCUCAUGUACCUCCACAGCAAGAAGAUCAUCCACCGAGACAUCAAACCAUCCAAUAUUCUGCUUUGCCGUAACGGCGAAGUCAAGUUGUGCGACUUUGGCGUUUCUGGCGACUUCGGAACUAAGGGAGAAGCCAACACUUUCAUCGGUACGAGCUACUACAUGGCACCCGAGCGUAUUACUGGCCAGAGUUACACUAUCACCUCAGACGUCUGGUCCACCGGAGUCACUCUCCUCGAGGUCGCUCAACACCGAUUCCCCUUCCCGGCUGAUGGAACCGAAAUACAACCCAAGGCGGGAUUAAUCGAUCUAUUAACUUACAUCGUCCGACAACCGAUACCAAAGCUAAAGGACGAACCAGAUGCCAACAUAUUCUGGUCUGAUAACUUUAAGUAUUUCAUCGAGUGCUGUCUCGAGAAAGAACCAAGUCGCCGAGCAAGUCCGUGGAGAAUGCUCGAACACCCGUGGAUGGUGGAGAUGCGAACGAAGCGAGUCAAUAUGGAGAGAUAUCUCUCACAAGUAUGGGGUUGGGACGAAGGGAAGUGA